AUGGAAAGUUCGCUCCGUAUAAGUGAUAACCAUAAGCUUCUGUUAAGCGCCGUUACCCACCGCUUGCUUCUUCCUUAUUUCUCCUCUCAGUUUCUCUGCCCUAACAAAACAUACUCACAAAAACAGCAAGACAGUUCUUUAUUUUUGGAAAACAUGCCACAAGAACUUCCGGGGUUUUAUUACGAUGAAGAGAAGAACAGGUAUUUCCCUCUCAGAAGUCCGAUUCCGGGUUCUUCUCGUUCUUCUUCUUCUACAAACAAUGCUCAAAAGCCAUCCAUAACCAAUACCCAGGCAUCCAACAUUUGUAGGAGAACUGGAGUACGAAUAGCCAAACUGCUUCAGGGUAGGGAGUUGAAUGGUAAUGUAAUAACUUCCAACAAAGGGAAGUGUGACUUCAGGGAGGAAUUCCUAAAGAUCCAAGCAUCCCAACCACUGGUUUGGAAGUACCAGACAACUGAAAGGAUAGCUGAUAGUGCUCUGGACCAAAUACAUAUUGAUAUCCACACACCAGAAGGUCAAACUGGAGCAGAUUGUCUAAUAACGGGCGGUGUAAAUGGUUCAUUAAGUCUUUUUGAAGUUGGAAAAGUUGGAGAACAUAAUCAAGGGGUAAAAUGCAUUCCAGAUCAAGUGUGGCCUAUAAUUGAAGAAAACAGAGCAGAGUGUAGUAAAGGCCCUGGGCGAAAUUUGACCUCUUUGUUUGGCUUGGGUGUCUUCAGCCUUAGUUUGCAGAUCUUUUACCAUUCUAAAAGCAUUUCCUGUCCUAGAAAUCUCAAUGUUAUAAGAUACAGAGAUCUCCCAGGGAUAGCUACUCUCGGAUCUGAGACAUCUGGAGGAUCUGUUUAUAUUCUUAAUGUUGUUGAGCCAGUAGAUUUUGAUUCAAGUUAUGCUAUUGGUGGAAUGAUGCGUAAGGCUGCUUCUUUCAAUUGCACCAUUUGGACUGCAGACUGCAGUCCUAACUCAAGUCGGGCAGUGAUUGGCAAGUCUGCCUUGGUCAAUUUGGAAACUGGAAUGGCAUCAUGGGUGUGUAGAAGCGGAAGUGAUGUUUUGUCUCAACAGCUCGAUCCAUCGGAGAAUGUUGUUUUAUGUGGGCUAAGAAAUGGAGCAAUUUUGACUGUUGAUGUUCGCAAAAAACAAGGAAGAGUUUCAGAUAGAUUUAUUAGGCAUAGAAUCCCUUAUUCUUCAGUAGGCAGACAGGGUCCAAGUUCUAGUAAACAAUGGUUUCAGCGAAGCAAAUGGUCAAAGGAAACAUAUACCCUUCUUUUUGGUAUCACUUCAGUGUUACGACCAGUACUUCUUGGCCAGCUCUAUGGAUGGAUCGGUUAG